AUGUCACGGGCGGUGAGCGGCCGCACGCUGCAGGAGGAGCUGUCUCGCGCGGGCACCAGGCUCGUCUCACUCCUCUUCUACGUCACCCGCUGCGCGCCCUGUCGCAAGAGCGCCUUCCCCUACGAGAAGCUCGUCCAGCGACAUCCCUCCGUCGUCUUCCUCAGGGCUAAUGUGGAAGGAAAUUCAGACUUAGUGAAACAAUAUGAUAUCCAACUGGUUCCGACUGUAGUUUUGAUACGAAAACGUAAAGUUGUGGCUACAUUAUGUGGCCUAUGCGACUAUGCACUCAGUGAACUGAUUGAGCGCCAUAUGCCAGAGGACAGUGAAUUCUCUGGAAAGAAGUACGAAUAA